CCCUAACAAUGCCUCUCUACUCUUUGCUCUUUCUCUCGGCCGACAAAGCCGACUAGAGAUAAAACUAGUGAAAACCGACCCUUGAAGGAGAACGAAGCCAACUUUUUAAAAUUUCAGUGGAAUUUGUUUUCUGGGUUUGGAGGAAAAUAGCUUCAUAACUGAAACCUACCAACAAUAAAAAUGGUUCAAUACAAUUUUAAAAAAAUCACUGUUGUACCAAAUGGGAAGGACUUCAUAGACAUUAUUCUCUCGCGUACCCAACGUCAAACGCCAACUGUUGUCCACAAAGGGUAUGCUAUUUCCCGUCUCCGACAGUUUUAUAUGCGUAAAGUGAAAUACACCCAGCAGAAUUUUCAUGAGAAGCUUUCAACAAUAAUUGAUGAGUUCCCUCGCCUGGAUGAUAUCCAUCCAUUCUAUGGUGAUCUUCUUCAUGUGCUCUACAACAAGGAUCACUACAAGCUUGCUCUUGGCCAAAUAAAUACUGCGAGGAACCUUAUUAGUAAGAUCGCUAAAGAUUAUGUCAAGCUGUUGAAGUAUGGUGACUCACUCUAUCGGUGCAAGUCUCUAAAGGUUGCUGCUCUUGGUCGUAUGUGUACUGUCAUUAAAAGGAUUGGCCCAAGUUUGGCUUACCUUGAGCAGAUUAGGCAACAUAUGGCAAGGUUACCAUCAAUUGAUCCAAAUACUCGGACCAUCUUGAUUUGUGGGUACCCUAAUGUUGGCAAGAGUUCAUUUAUGAACAAAAUCACAAGGGCCGAUGUAGAUGUUCAGCCUUAUGCUUUCACUACCAAGUCACUCUUUGUGGGUCAUACCGAUUACAAGUACCUUAGAUAUCAAGUAAUUGAUACACCUGGGAUUUUGGACAGGCCAUUUGAAGAUCGAAACAUUAUUGAGAUGUGCAGUAUUACAGCAUUGGCUCACCUGCGAGCUGCGGUGUUGUUCUUCCUGGAUGUAUCUGGGUCAUGUGGGUACAGCAUUGCCCAGCAAGCAGCUCUUUUUCACAGCAUUAAAUCUCUCUUUAUGAACAAACCCUUGAUCAUUGUUUGCAAUAAGACUGAUUUGCAGCCACUGGACGGCAUAUCUGAGGAAGACAGGAAAUUGGUCAUGGAUAUGAAAGCUGAAGCCAUGAAGACUGUGAUUGGUCAAGGAGGUGAGCCUGCGAACGAAGAAGGGGUGCUAUUGACGAUGAGUACUUUGACUGAGGAUGGAGUGAUUUCUGUGAAGAAUGCAGCUUGUGAAAGGUUACUGAAUCAGAGGGUUGAAUUGAAGAUGAAAUCCAAGAAAAUAAAUGACUGCCUCAAUAGGUUUCAUGUUGCAAUACCAAAACCACGAGACCAGAAGGAACGGCCUCCUUGCAUACCUCAGGCUGUUUUGGAAGCUAAAGCUAAGCAAGCAGCAGAGAAGGAGAAGAGGAAAACUGAAAAGGAUUUGGAGGAUGAGAAUGGUGGUGCUGGUGUAUACUCUGCUAAUUUGAGGAAGAAUUAUAUAUUGGCUAAUGAUGAAUGGAAAGAAGAUAUAAUGCCUGAAAUUCUUGAUGGUCACAAUGUAUACGACUUCAUUGACCCUGAUAUAUUGUUAAGACUUGAAGAGUUGGAACGUGAAGAGGGUCUUCGGCAAGCAGAGGAGGAAGCUGAUGACUUUGAGAUGGAUGGCCAAGAAUUAUCCCCAGAAGAGCAAGAAGCACUGGCUGAGAUAAGGAAAAAGAAAAGUUUGCUUAUUCAACAGCAUAGGAUAAAGAAAAGCACUGCAGAGAGUCGGCCCAUUGUACCAAGAAAACAUGACACAGACAGAAAGUUCACAACAGACAGGAUGGGCAUGCAGCUGUCUGCUUUGGGGCUGGAUCCUUCUCUUGCAAUUAAUCGUGCUAGGAGCAAGUCGAGAGGCCGGAAAAGGGAGCGAUCAGUUGACAGGAGAGAGGGUGAUGGUGGUGAUGCUAUGGAUAUAGAUGGUAAUGAACCAAACAAAAAGCUUCGUCUGAGGUCUAUGUCACGGUCAAGGUCACGGUCAAGGUCACGGUCACGGUCACGACCUCCUACUGAAGUUGUACCUGGAGAGGGCUUGAAGGAUUCUGCUCAAAAGGUUAAGGCGAUUAAAUUGGCAAAGAAAUCUGUUAAGAAGAGGAACAAGAAUGCUCGUCGUGGAGAGGCUGAUAGGGUUAUUCCUACAUUAAAACCAAAGCACUUGUUCUCUGGGAAGCGUUCCAUUGGAAAGACUCAAAGACGUUAAGACAUAGGAUCAAAUUAUGUUAUGGGGAGAAGCUAUACAAGAACCUUACAAUUUAUUUUUAUGUUGAGAAACAAACUUUUUUGCUCAAUUUUGUUGAUCUGGCUGGAGAUUGUGCCCGAUUAUGGUUGUUGAUGUAUCUUUUGUACCCUUCUCAAGGCAGUUUUGAAUAGGAGACAGUUAAAAUGUUAUCAGUUGGUUUGUAAGUCCUUCAAAUCAAGGAGAUAGAGUUUUCGUUUUAACCUAGUAUGUAGUUAAAUUGUUGCGGAUGCAUUGGUUUUAUGUUAUAAGUUUUUCUUAACAAUGGAAUGAAUCAGUAGCUAUACAGACUAAAUAUUUGAUUCA